CGCAGAGGUCGUUAGCAUUUACUGAGCGUUAACAACUCAGGCGCAAGUACUUGUGACGCAUGCGCUGUUUCAAGUAUCAAAUUGAACUGCAUUGUGUGAUGUGACUAAAGUGUAGUACAAACAGUGCUUUUAUAGGUACAUUGGUACUUAUGUAAUAAAAAAAAUAAUAAUAUACUAAUCCGUUCUUAUGUAACUGCAGUGAAUCAUUUAAUCCGUGAUAGAUAGUAGAUAUAAACAAGAGUUGUCAUGCAAACAAAUUCGGUGUUCAAUGUCAAAUGUUAUCCGGGUGCAUAAUGCAUUGAUAACAAGAACUUAACGUUAUCAAAUAAUUCGAUGAUCGUCCGUGGUGUCCGUGGUAGAGGCUUAAUGAAAUUAGGCAUUAUAUGGAUAUAAGUUGAAUACAUUUAUUGAGGAAUGACAAUGUCGUUUCACUGUUCACCUGUGACCAUUUCAGUUACCUUGCGUUCGUUGAUUGUUCAGCACGAGACGCUUAUGUGGUGUAUUUAAUUAAUUAGUAAAGUUUAUUAAAGGCUUUAUAAUGAGUCAGUUAGAAAAAAUGGAGGUGAACCCCGACCUGGCGAUGGAAAGGGCGAAAUGCAACUUUAAUAUUAUGGAGUUAACGCAUAUUCUUGAUGGGGGCGAAGAGAAUACGGUGCGUAGAAAGAAAAUUGAAGACAUAGCUUUAAACAGUGGAGCGUCGAAGGAUGCCUUCCCAGAAGAACACAUGAGUCCUAAGGAGAAGUAUGAGAAUGCUGUGAGGAAGUCGUGUAUCUUCGCUGAUCUUGUGAAGAAUGACUUCGCCCAUCUCACUGGAUUGGAAACUUUUGGAAUUAAUUCCAACGUCAUAAGGCGCACGGCAGAUGCGUUCUUCAAAGAAGUGUCUCCAUUCCUUCUUCACAUGGGCAUGUUUGUUCCUACCAUCAUGGGCCAAUGUACUUCAGACCAGAUGUCCUACUGGCUGCCAAGAGCAAUGGCUAUGCAAAUCAUUGGGACCUACGCACAGACGGAGCUUGGCCACGGUACAUUCAUAAGAGGGCUGGAGACGACUGCCACAUACGAUCCAGAGACGGAAGAGUUUGUUCUGCACAGUCCCACUCUGUCCUCAUACAAGUGGUGGGCGGGAGGCCUUGGAAACACAGCAAACUACUGCAUCGUGGUAGCCCAGCUGUACACGAAGGGAGAAUGCCAUGGCACCCAUCCAUUCAUCGUCCAGAUCCGUGAUGAGGACACUCACAUGCCCCUCCCAGGCAUCACGGUGGGAGAGAUCGGACCAAAGAUGGGAUUCAACACGGCUGACAAUGGGUUCCUAGGGUUCGAUCAUUAUAGGAUACCAAGAGAUCAUAUGAUGAUGAAGAAUGCGCAGGUUUUGAAGGACGGCACUUACGUGAAAGUGGCGAGACACGGCAAGCUGACUUAUGGGACGAUGGUAUUUGUUCGAGUGAUGUUAGUCAGCGAGGCGGCCUUCAACCUGGCAAAGGCUUGCACCAUCGCUGUGCGGUACUCUGCUAUUCGUAGACAGUCAAAACCGAAGCCUGAUGAAGGUGAGCCUCAGAUUCUGGACUAUGCGACGCAACAGCACAAGUUGUUCAUCACCAUUGCAACUGCGCAUGCGUUGCAGCUGUCCAGCAGUUGGUUGUGGCGGAGCUUCAGCGCUGUGCUUACAGAAAUGAAGGAAGGGAACACUGAUAAGUUGCCUGAGUUCCACGCCCUCUCGAGUUGCCUGAAAGCAGUGAGCACAUCUGAUGCAGCGUACCUGAUAGAGCAGUGUCGCCACGCGUGCGGUGGCCACGGCUACAUGAUCUCCUCUGGCAUCCCCCACCUUUACAACUUCGUGUCUGCCACCAGGACUUACGAGGGAGAUUACACGGUGUUGCUUCUACAGACUGCUAGGUUUUUGGUAAAAGCAUACGAGCAGGCUGAAGCAAAGCAGCCACUGACUCCUACCGUGUCCUACCUGAAGCUAGCCUUUACACGCAAGGAACCCUGGGACAGCAGCCCUGCAGGCAUCGUCAGAUCCUUCCAAGCUCUUGCUGCAGGAAAAGUAUCUACAUGUGUGAAAAAUAUGAGGAAACGUAUGCGAUCGGGAUUAUCUGAAGUGGAAGCAUGGGAAACAUCCACCAUACAGUUGGUUUCUGCAGCUGAGGCACAUUGCCGUGCAGUGAUAUCGGAUGCGUACAAAAGUGAGACUGAGAGGCUGACUGCCAAUUCGAGUCCAAAUGUGAAGAUAGUGAUGGAACAGCUGUCCACCCUCUACCUGUACUACUGGGCUUUGGAGAGGAUUGGAGAUCUAUUGCUGUACACGUCAAUAUCGGAGAAGGAUAUCGUGGAACUACAAACAGCCUAUGAAGAACUGCUUCAGAAGAUUAGACCUAAUGCCGUCGGCAUCGUCGAAGCUUUCGAUCUUCGGGACGAACUUCUACACUCAACCCUGGGGUCUUACGAUGGUCGAGCCUAUGAGCGUCUGAUGGACGAAGCUUUAAGAAGUCCUAUGAACAAGGAGCCAAUCAACCAGAGCUACUACAAGUACUUGAGGCCGAUGAUGAAAGCUAAUCUGUGAUAUAUUACCUUACGUUAAAGUCGAAUUUUCAAUAAUCAAAGAUACAAACUUAUUUCCAUGUGUAUGUAUUACUAUAGUGCUUAUAGGAGUAAUUGCUGGUCUGUGUUCUAUCUAAUCAAGCAUUUAAUUGCCAGAAGAAAAAUAUUGUGAGAUGUGAAACAAUGCUUGCGUUGUGUGAGUGAGGUUACCGGUGGCCCAAUUACCCCCUUUCCCAAUCUUCUUAAUCCUCGAUUCUCCAACAACCCUUAAAAUCCUAACCCCCAAAAGGCCGGCAACGCACUUGUAACGCCUCAGGUGUCCAUGGGCGGCUACGAUCGCUUACCAUAAGGUGAUCCGCCAGCUCGUUUGCCGGCUUAUACCAUAAAAAAUCUCAGCUAUCGUGGCCUAAAUAUUGUCCUCUAUGGCGUUCAAUGUACUAAUGUGUAGUUGGUAGCCUGACAACCUGUAUGUUAUAACUAGAAAUCCUAAAUAAACCUUUAUAUGGAACACUUCAAAUCAGUUAACUUGUAAAAAUGUAAUUACAAUGCAUUUAUUUUUUUAUAUCCAAUUCGUUGUUUAAGCAAAUAGCACAUGUCUACAUAAGUGAAGGUUCUGUUUAGGGACAGGGAGUUUGAAACGAAAAGUGUAUUUUUUAAACGACUUAUUUUCAUAUAGAUUUUUCUAGAUUAUUGUUGCCAACCUGUUGAUGUUGUUGUAUCUUAAGACUUUUUAUUGUAGUCUAAUGCGAUAUUUUCUAGGUAUUAUCAUUAAAUGCAUUGCAGUUGUUUUAUGGAAGAGGAUUAAGAUUAAAUGAUUUAUAUUAUUAUUUUUACAA